AAGACACGAAACGAAUUUAAAACGAUAUAUCUAACCAAUCGAAAAAAGAAGAUUUAAUCAGUGAAUCAGAUUACUAUAGAAGAGAAUUAACUCUGAGCCAACAGAACUACACGAGGUAGACGUUGAUUGGUUCGAAUUUGAAUCGCUGUUAACAAACGCAAGAAAAACAAAUCGCCAUGUCUCUGAUCCCGAUGCUUUUCUCCGACUGGUGGGAAGACCUGGAGCGUCCGCACAGCCUCCUGGACCAGCACUUCGGGCUGCCUCUGCGCCAGGAGCAAUUGACGGCGAGUUACCCGAGGCCGUCGAUCUACGCGGUGGCCGCUCCUUCGCGUUCGGGCACGAACCUCAUCCCCUCGAUCUACUACAGACCCUGGGGUGAUUUGCUGAGGCAUGGAGACGGCGGCUCGUCGGUGGUCAAAGCCGACAAGGAUCAGUUCAAGGUCAGUCUUGACGUGCAGCAGUUCAAGCCUGAGGAGAUAAACGUCAAGGUGGUCGACAAGUGCGUCGUCGUCGAGGCGAAGCACGAGGAAAAACGCGACGAGCACGGAUGGGUGUCUCGUCAGUUUGAACGGCGGUACCUGAUCCCCGACCAGUGCAACAUCGACGAGGUAUCCUCGAACCUCUCAUCCGACGGGAUCCUGACCAUCACGGCACCGAGGAAGGAGCAGCCAAAGGUCGAGGGCGAGAGGAGCAUCAAAAUACAGCACACCGGCAAGCCGGCCAUUAAGGAUCAGGCUCCGGCUAAGGGUCAGGAGCAGAAUGAAGAUCAGAAGAAGAAGAAGAAGUCUGACAAGUAGAUUUACUGUUCGUUCAUCUAAAAUUCCUAAA